UUCUUAUUCAGCUAAUCAGAGAAGAAGGAAGAGUUGAAUCUUGUUCUAAUCUGAUCAUUUCUGCCACCUCGUAUCAGUCCUGAAGCAGUGAUGGCUUUCACGACGUCUCUGGACAUUGCCAGUGAUAAAUUCACUCACAUUGGAUUGUUUGAGAAUGUGCGCAACAUAUCUGAGGUCCGGCAAGAUGUCAUUGGUGGCAGGUGCAGUGCAGCUCUUGUUAGCCCUCAAAUGGUAGUGGGCAGUAGACAAGUAACUGUGGCUGCGUGUAAGGCAGCUCACUGCCAUGCCACGAACAGCAUGAAGACAAGAUCGAUCAAUACCGAACUCAUCUAUUGGUUAUCGCCUACGACAAGUAUUUCGAAUUCACUGAAGCAUUUUGGCUCUACAGACCAGGAUACAUCUUUGCUAGCAGUUGUUAUUGAUGAUGCCGAGACAAGUGCCGAAGCGGAAGCUGUGUUCAAACGAAUCGAUGGUGAUCUGGUACCGUUGGAGAGACUGGCGGAGCUGUCGGACAGAGGGGCAAUUGAGAAGCACUUCCAGAUCACGCCGAAGGAGCUCAGCUUCUCAUCUUUGGAAGACUCAGUGAUAACCCGUGCAGUAGGCAAGGAGGCAGUAUAGACCUGGACUUGGUAUUUGCCUCCUCUUCUUUUUCUCAAGACUGUAGAAGGAACAAUUAUUAUUUAGGUAUUGCCUGCUGGCUUUGUUGAGCGAUAAAGUAGCAACGUAAUCUUCAUAGGAAACUAGUAUUCCCUUCUGCUGCAUAGAAAACAAUUAUAUCAUGAAGCAUAAAAUGCGUCUUUUUCUUCUUCUUUUCUGACAGUAAGGCCGAAUAUAGCGUUUUUGCCAAUCUUUUGUACGCUCUUUUAUCAGCCUGGACAUAAUUAGCUAACGGUGGCUGCUGGGAGAUGUUUUUUAGUUUUUUUCCUUUCUCUCUAUGUUACGCUGUAUUUUGACUUACUUGCAGGAGUUUGUAUGUCUGUUUGCACGUGCAACUGCUGUGGACUUUGGUGUCGCUGUGAACUCUCUUUGAUUUGCAGGUCUUUUAUUUACCAUGUUGUUGAACUCUGAUUACCAGUGCAGUCAGACCAAGAGUCCAGAAACACUCUUGGUAUUAUACUCUUGGUCACACCAGUAAA